AUGCCUCCGCGCCGCCGCCCCGCCUCCGGCUACCAAGGCGUUCGGGCGCGACCGAGCGGCCGCUUCGACGCGGAGAUCCGCCCCGGCGACGAGCGGAUCCGCCUCGGAACUUUCGACACCGCGCACGAGGCGGCGCAGGCGUACGACGCCGUCGCCUGGCGCCUCAGAAGCUCCCGCCGGACUAUGAACUUUCACGAUGUCUGGACGCGGGAGCAGGCGGAGCAGCUCGCGCCGCCACCGCCGGUCAUCACGCGCGAGCAGCAGCGCCGACAACGGGAGCUCGAGCAGCGCCUCCUCAUCGCCGAGAGUGACGAGGCCCUCCGCCUCGAGUGGGUGCGUCAAUUCCCUGAGGACGUCGCCGCCACGGAGGCCUUCUAUGCGUGGAAGGAGGAGGAGAAGGCGGCGGUGAAGGCGAAGAAAAAGGCGAGCCGCGAUAAGCGUCGGGCGAAGUCCGCCGCGAGGAAGGCGGCGAGGAAGGAGGAGGAGAAGAAAAACGGCGCAGGACCGUCCACCAUCAUCCUCUCCUCCUCCUCCUCCUUCGAGUGGACUUCGACGCUGGUGUUGGAGACUACUCCGAGCAGCCACUCGUCGGACUACGACUGGGAAUCGGAGUAG